CGUUGUUGAGAGCACGGAAGUAGGUGCAGAUCCAGUUCCAGACGGGGGGAAAAUGACCGGUCCACCAAAUAAACGGCAGAAACGAGAAGACUACAAAAGAGCCCAAGAGAGCUUGAAAGCAGGAAGCCAUGGCGCUGGCAGCGGCAAGGUCGAGCUGCCCAAGAAAAAGUUCUAUCGACAACGCGCUCACGCGAAUCCUUUCUCGGACCAUGCUUUGACGUAUCCCCUCAGUCCGGCCGACAUGGACUGGACUUGCCAUUACCCUGCUUUCGCCAGCGGCGAGGCCGCGAAUGGAAAGUCACUCCACGCCGUGAGCAGGGAUGUUGAGAUUGCAGAUAUCGGCUGCGGAUUUGGCGGGCUCCUGGUGGCUUUGGCGCCUUUGUUCCCAGAGACCUUGAUGCUCGGGAUGGAAUUGCGAACUCAAGUCACCGACUAUGUGGUCGACCGAGUGGCUGCUCUCCGCGCUCAGAACCAGCCUUCGUCCGGCACAAGCGAUGGCAAAUUUGGACCCUACCAGAACAUUUCGGCCCUUCGUACCAACACAAUGAAGUUCCUCCCCAACUACUUCCGCCGCGCUCAGCUGUCCAAGAUAUUCCUCUGCUUCCCGGAUCCGCAUUUCAAACAGCGCAAGCACAAGGCCCGCAUCGUUUCUACCCAGCUAAACGCCGAAUACGCAUUCGUGACAAAGCCCGGCGGUCUGGUGUAUACGAUUACGGACGUCGAAGAGCUGCACCAGUGGAUGGUCAAGCACUUCGAGGGCGAGGAGGCAGGUGACGCGAAGGAGUUAUGGAAGAGAGUAACGCAGGAGGAUCUGGACGCGGAUCCCUGCGUCAAGGUCAUGAGCGAAGAAACGGAGGAGUCAAAGAAAGUCACGAGAAAUGGAGGAAAGAAAUUCAUUGCGGUGUUCCAAAGACAGGAGAACCCCGAAUGGCCUGAUUGAUUCGCGACAUCAGAAUCACUGUCGAACUACCCUGCGGGCUCUAGAAAAGGCAAUUUCGCCAACAGAGAACCGUGGGAUUGGGUCAGCCGCGCUACCAAUCAGGCUUACGGCACUACCUUCUUGUCCUGACCUCCAAAUAACGUGUCGUCGCUUGCUCUAGCCUGGUUGCUCUCUUCCGGGGCCAUACCCACGAUUUCCCCGGCCUUCAGAGCGUCAAGAUCAAUCUGCGGACCAGAAUAGUUCUUUCUGCCGUCGACGAACCACUGAAUCGUGGAGACAAUCAGGACAAUGGCAAAUGCUGCAACGCAGUAGUUCAUGUUGCUACCGGUCACGGGCAACACCGGUGGGAACAUGAAAAGAACGGUUGUGAGUAUCACGUAGGCAAUUCCAAUCUGUCAAUCGUUAGAAAUUACAGGCACUGCUUUCUGGUCAAACUUACCAAGUUGCAUGUCCAGCCAAGCCAGUUUGGGAGAAUAAACGGACGAGAUGCUGGUAGCAUUUUUCGACCCCGGAG